CCUCAACAGGAACUGACGUCCCCUCAGUGCAAGUGGACGGAAAAAAAUGCAGCUGCAGGAAAAAUGGCUCCAAACACCGCACCGCUAAAAGGUGUUUAAAGAACUGCUGGGUACCUCUUGGGCAACACCGACUUAAAGGCUGUCACACUCAUGGCACCCUCCAGUUGACAGAAUGGCCCAGAUAUCAAGCGGUAAUGGGUUCAAGAUGGAUGUCCCCCAACCAAAGGGGGUUGUGGGUAAAGAGGAAGCCCUCCGCAUGGAGGAGGAGGCUUUAGCGAGGUUGCAAAGGGAGAAGAGACACACCCUGUCAUCCUCUGCACCGUCGUCUUCCUCUGCAGCGUUCUCAUCCUUCUCGAAACCAAAACCAUCAAAGUCUACCACUACUGCUCCUCAACCAUCACCCUCCACUCACAGACCAGAAAAGGACCUCAUCGUCUUCCCAGAGACCAAGAAGCAGGCAGAGCAGGACAAGUUCAGGGACAUUGAUGUGGACAAACUGACCAAUGAGGAGCUUGAAAAGCUCCUUCUGGAUGAAAACUUUGGGGCAAAAAGCAAAGUGUCCAAGCCCUCAUCCCUGCUAGGGUUUGACCUCAGUGCCUCGUACCCCGGGGGCCAUGCCUGUAGCUCUUCUCCUUUCCAAGGCGGCCAGUGGACCCCCAUUCUGUCCACCCCAUCCACCUCUAAUGUGUCCACUCCCACCCAUCAGCCUAUCCCAGUGUUCCCCUCUGCUCCAUUCCCCAAACCAGGCACAUUUCAGAACGGUUUCACUCCAACCAUGUCGCCUUUCAUGACCAUGUCGGCACAGCAGCCAUCCUUCCUUUCAUCCAUGGCGUUCACUCCCAUCCAGCCCGCUGCUACCAUGGUCUUCCAGCAGCCCACCGUGGACCCGGAGAUGGCCAAACUCUUCGACAAGAUUGCCAGCACCUCAGAAUACUUGAAGAACGGCAAAUCAGCCAGCACUGACCCAGAUUCCGCUCAGGCCGGCACAGCUUCCCUGGCACCCAACCCGCCACCCCAGCAGCCAGCAGUGAUGGAAUCUUCUGGCAUUAGCCGCUUCGACUGGCUGGAUCUGGACCCUCUUACAAAGCGUAAAGCUGAGAGCGAGGAGGCAUCCCUGGCAGGAGGAGGCCCUACACCAACGGUAUCAGAACCUUCUGCUGGGGAUCCUUGGGAUGCAGUGCUUGAGACUGAAGGGAAUAGCAGCAGCCCUCCUCUGGAGGGGAAAGCACCGCUGUCAGUUCGUUCACAGCAGAGGAGAGCUUCAACAGGAGCAGCUGUCACCAGAAGUCACUCACUCAACAUCCCAGGGACCUCCUCUCAGCACAAACCAAACAAUCAGGAAAAGACAAAAGCCAAAGGCUUGGUGAAGAAUGCCGCUCUGGAAGAACAGGACGCUCAAAACCUGGAGGUUGUCGCCUUCUGUGAAGACGUUGCAGCACUGCGCUCCAAGUUCCCUCAUGGCGACAUGUCCACCAACCCUGGCUACGUCCUCAGCCCAGUCAUCACCCAGAGAAAUGCUGGAGGGGACAACAGCUGCUCUGUUAAGGUUUCUAUAGAAAUCUCUGAGUCUCAGCAGCCAGUUACCUUCACCUGUGAUGUGAGUUCUCCGGUGGAGCUGCUGAUCAGUCAGACUCUCUGUUGGGUCCACGAUGACCUGGACCAGGUGGACUUCUCCAGCUACCUGCUCAAAGUCUGCGGCAAGGAGGAAGUGCUUCAGAAUAAACACAGCCUCGGCAGCCAUGAGUACGUCCAGAACUGCAGGAAGUGGGAGAAUGAGAUCACAUUACAGCUCCUCUCUCACUCCACCAUGAGAAGAGACUUGGCACGGACAGCAGAUGAUGACAGCUCUGCGAUAGAUGUAGAGAAGCACCUCGGCCAAGUGGAGAGGCCUUUCAGGGAGAAUGUCACCAGACAAGGCCUGGCUGACUAUUUAGAAGGUUAUCACAAUCAAGUCAACAUCUGUCUACAGAAUGAGAGUACUCAAUAUAAGACUGUGGACCGGCUGGUGCAGACUCUGAAAAACUUGUGCUGUGGUCUGGACGAGGUGGAGACACAAACGAUCACAGAGGCCAUAAAAAGGCUGAAACACUCUGUCAAUUUACCCCGGACUCGCUCGCCAAAGCUGGGCUCUCCAUCAUCUGGUCAGUCAUCAAAUGGUCACACCAGUCCUGUAGAGGAGUGCAUGGCCUCGCUGACACAGGCUGUUUACGACCUGGCAAAGCUCUACCUGCGCUCCUUCUGUCCUCCAUCCCCUUCCUUCAGCUCACCUCCGUUACCCCAGCCUGCAGAGGGGGAAGGCGUAGAGGGACGGAGCAGCAAGGAAGCUUCUGGUACCACUGACCACCUUCAGUUCACUCUGUUCGCCCUGCAUGGCAUCCCAGCCAACUGGAUCAGCAGUUAUGAGAAGUACUUCCUGAUGUGUUCCCUCACCCAUAAUGGCAAGAACCUUUUCAAACCGGUCCAGUCGAAGAGAGUGGGCACAUACAAGAGCUUCUUCUACCACAUCAAAUGGGACGAGCUGAUAAACUUCCCCAUAGCUGUAGCUGUUCUCCCUCUGGAGUCCAUACUGAGCCUGACUCUGUUCGGAGUGCUGAACCAGAAUGCCAGUGGCUCCCCAGACUCCAACAAACAGAGGAAAGCUCCAGAGCUGUUGGGAAGAGUCUCUAUGCCGCUCUUUGACUUUAGGAGGGUGUUGGCCAAAGGCAGCAGGCUGUUGUGUUUGUGGACGUCGGCCCAGGGAGCUGCUGCUGCUGCCACCACUGGCUCUACAGGCGUCCGCAAGAGAGUACCCACAGAGAGAAUAGUGCUGCAGGUGGACUUCCCAAACUCACCUGUUGAUGUUUUAUACGUGGGACCAAAAGAAGCUCCGAGCCCAGAGCCCCCAGUGGAAGAGCUGGACCCCGAUCUGCGGCGAAAACUGGAGAAAAUCUGCAGCCGAGCUUCUAAUUUUGGGUUGAAGCGGGCCGAUCACCAGCUCCUCUGGGACCACAGGCUCCACUGUCGGAGGGACCACCCCAGCAGCCUCCCCAAGGUGUUGGCCAGUGUGCCCAGCUGGGACUGGGCCAGCAUCGCUCACAUCCACUCCCUUCUGCACCACUGGCCCCCUCUGCCCCCUGUCACUGCGCUGGAGAUGCUCGACUCAAAGUUUGCAGACACAGCAGUGAGGAGCGUGGCCGUCAGUUGGAUUGAGAAGAGCAGUGAUGAUGAGCUUGCUGACUACCUGCCUCAGUUAGUUCAGGCAUUAAAGUUUGACUGUCACCUAAAGAGCGCCCUCGUCAUGUUUCUGCUGUCCAGAGCACAAGGCAACAUCAACAUAGCCCACUACCUCUACUGGCUGCUGAAAGACGCUGUUCAGGAUCCGGCCUGGGGACAGCGCUAUGAGCGGGUGCUGGGUGCCCUGCUGUGUCUGUGUGGCGCCAAGCUCAGGGCGGAGCUUGAGAAACAGACUAACCUGGUGACCCUGCUGGGGGCCGUGGCCGAGAGAGUCCGACAAGCUGGAGGAUCUACACGGCAGGUGGCGCUGCAGGAGGGGCUUGAAAAUGUUCAAAACUUUUUCCAGAGGAACAGCUGCAGACUGCCACUCAGCCCCAGCCUCGUGGCAAAGGAGCUAAACAUCAAGGCGUGCUCCUUCUUCAACUCCAACGCCGUUCCCCUCAAGCUGGCGCUGAUCAACGCCGACCCGCUGGGAGAAGAGAUCAAUGUUAUGUUCAAGGUUGGAGAGGACCUGAGGCAGGACAUGUUGGCGCUGCAGAUGAUCCGCAUUAUGGACCGCAUCUGGCUGCAGGAGGGGCUGGACCUCCGCAUCGUCAACUUCAAAUGCAUCUCCACCGGGAAGGACAAAGGCAUGGUGGAGCUGGUACCGUCCUCAGAUACUCUGAGAAAGAUUCAGGUGGAGUACGGCGUCACAGGAUCCUUUAAAGACAAGCCUCUGGCAGAAUGGCUCCGCAAGUACAACCCUGCUGAGGACGAGUACGAAAAGGCGUCGGAGAACUUCAUCUACUCAUGUGCAGGCUGCUGUGUGGCAACCUACGUCCUCGGCAUCUGUGAUCGUCACAACGACAACAUUAUGCUGCGAUCCACAGGUCACAUGUUCCAUAUCGACUUUGGCAAGUUCCUGGGACACGCUCAGAUGUUCGGCAGCUUCAAGAGGGACCGAGCUCCAUUUGUUCUGACCUCUGACAUGGCCUACGUCAUCAAUGGAGGCGAGCGUCCCACCAGCCGUUUCCAGCUCUUUGUAGACUUGUGCUGCCAGGCCUACAACCUCAUCCGCAAGCACUCCGGGCUUUUCCUCAACCUGCUGUCACUGAUGACGUCCUCAGGCCUCCCAGAGCUGACCGGCCCUCAGGAUCUGAAGUACGUGUUUGAUGCUCUGCAGCCACACAACACAGACGCUGAGGCCACAAUCUUCUUCACCAGGCUGAUCGAGUCCAGUCUGGGCAGCGUGGCCACCAAGUUCAACUUCUUCAUCCACAACCUCGCUCAGCUAAGAUUCUCUGGUCUGCCGGCCAACGACGAGCCAAUCCUGUCAUUCUCCCCCAAAACGUACACUCUGAAACAGGAGGGACGCAUCCUGCACGCCUCCAUCUUCUCCUUCCAGAAGAGAUACAACCCAGACAAGCACUAUACGUACGUGGUGAGGCUGAUGAGGGAAGGUCAGACCGAGCCUCAGUUUGUCUUCCGCACUUUUGACGAGUUUCAGGAGCUCCACAAUAAACUCAGCAUCCUCUUCCCCCUCUGGAAGCUGCCCAGUUUCCCCAACAAGAUGGUGCUCGGUCGCACACACAUUAAAGAAGUGGCAGCAAAGAGGAAGUUUGAGCUCAACAACUACGUGCACAACCUGAUGAGGAGCUCUGCAGAGGUCAACCAGUGUGACCUGAUCUACACCUUCUUCCAUCCGAUCGCACGAGAUGACAAGACAGAAGGUUUAGACGCCACAGCCAGAGCACCAGAGCCUCCUCUCAGUCCAACCUCUGGUCGAGUUGAAGGAGAAGUGAAGCUUUCGAUCUCAUACAGAAACAGUAAUCUGUUCAUCAUGGUCAUGCACAUCAAAGAUCUGGUUUCUGAAGACGGCACAGAUCCAAACCCAUAUGUGAAAACCUACCUGCUUCCAGAUCCACACAAGACCUCCAAACGCAAGACGAAGAUCUCGAGGAAAACCAGAAACCCAACUUUCAAUGAGAUGUUGGUGUACAGCGGCUACAGCAAGGAAACCCUGGGCCUGCGUGAGCUCCAACUGAGCGUGCUCAGUGCCGAGUCGCUGCGUGAGAACUACUUCCUGGGCGGCAUCACGCUCAGACUUAAAGACUUUGACCUCAGCAAGGAGACGGUCAAGUGGUACAAACUGACGGCCGUCCCCUACUUCUAAACCUCCCCUGCCUGCCUCUCCUGAAGUCGAGGACAACUCCACCUUUUCAGAAUAAAGCUGCAUUCAUGUGUUAUGGGAAAGGCAGCACGAGUGGCCUUACUUGAAAAUCCUGCUCACCUCAGCUCUCACAUUUCUUAAAGAAUAGGCUCAUGAGCUUCCAGAGUUUGUAUUUUGGACCAAUGGACUGUCUUUUUAAAUCACUGAAUUUGAAGAAGUAGGGAAAUUUACAUUUCAAAAUUCAUAAACCAAAUGGACUUUUUCUUUGGCAUAAAUCAGAGUUCUUAAGGCAUCAUGGCAGGAUGCACUUCAGCUCCAAACACAGUUGGAUAAAAACCAUCAUGAUACUUCAUUAAUUCCCAUACAGCAUUAAUGCAGACUUAAAGCUCCUCUAGACGUUUCCUGAAAGGACGACAGAGCAGGCAGAUUCACAGACCCUGAGAGGGAAGCCUGCUCUUAUCUCUGCUAUGUCCUCCUCUCCCUCUUUAACUAAUCAUGAUUGUUUCUGUGACAAACAAUCGCCUCUUCUUUUGUGUCUUCUUUCCUAAACUUUAACAAAGAGCUGUAAUGUUUUGUACAUUUUGAUAUUAGAGGACCAAAACGGCUUACUUGGAGAAGAGUAUAUAUAGAUUGACAGGUUUAUUUUUUAAGGAAUAGAAAGGGGGAUCUUUUUACAUUUUCCUUUGUUUAUUUUCUAUAUAGGCAAAUAGGAGGCAUCAGGGUUUCCAGACACUUCUGGGUAGAGUAGCCCAGCACACCAGGAUCCAGAAAUCAACAGUGACCUUAUGAUUCCCCGAGAAUGUGCCAAAAGAAGGACAGCAAAUCAAACCACUCUCCCGAGAAGGGAGUUGAACAGGGUGCCUUUGUUUGUGCUCACAAUCUUUUAAUGCUCAACUUGGCCUUAUUGUGAUAUAAAGUAUAUUUUAUUAACAAUCUGAUAUGUCCUUAUUAAACAAAAAUCUAUAUUCUGUAAGCUAUAUCAGGCGUUCUUCCAGAGCAGGUUUAUUUUAUAACAGUGGACUGCCACUAAAUGCACACUACCAGGUCUCUUUCUCAUGAUAUUACUUGACUAUUUUCACACAGCACACCUUAAAGGGGAAAUUUCUAUCUUCAGCUUUGGACUCACUCUUUCUCUGCGCUCUUGGUGAAGAGAUUAGGGUUUAGCGCAGUUCAGACUUUUCACAAUGCAGUAUAUGGACUCGGUUUAAGCAUGGAGUCUGGAUGUGAGGCCGUUUCAGCUCAGGCAGCAGCAUCGCACAAUCCCAGUGCCUAAUGGUGGUUUAAUAAAUGGAAACAUGGUGUAAUUAUGUAUUUAACUGCCAGUGAAAUCCAGAUCCAGCCUGGUCUUAUGAUAUGAAUGUGAGAAAAUGAUCUGAAGGGACUGAUUGGCACUGCGAAGGCAACUUUUCACAAAAAGGGAACUAGGUCCUGUGCAAGAGAUUAGCUGCUUCUCCUUCCACUCGCUAACGAUAAAAUGUUAAUGUUUAAUAAAGAAAAUUAAGAUGAAUCUAUCUGCAGACUUUUAAAGAGAUCUGAAAGACUUUUGUGAUCAAAGAGCAACACUCACGUUAUGAAUAUUAGUGAUAUGAUCCACUCUUUUAGUGACUGUACAAAGAACACAAGCAGAGUUUGUAUUAACAUGGCCAGUUAUUUAUUCUUAAUUGGUGACCUGUAACCCGAAUGGAUCAGUGUGUACUGUAAUCCCUCUUUCCUAAAGCAAAUUAAAUGUUUUUGGAACAAA